AUGGUGGAACCCGUCGCUGAGCAGCAGAAGCAGGCACGGCAGGGAGAUGGAAUUGACGGUGAACAGAAUGGAGGUGUGGUGAGGAUGGCGAGGUUUGAUUACGGGGAUGUUGUGCGUAUUGAGCUGGAGACUGGUCCUGAGCAUGAAUUGUGUCAGAUAAUGUAUACUGAGGAGUACAAGGAGUUGGUUGGUCUUCUGCGUGGGUUGAUGAGUGUGAAAGAGGUCUCAGAGCGGGCGUUGGCGGUCACAACGGCGAUGGUUGAAGCUUCCCCUGCUUAUUACACUGCAUGGAACUAUCGGUAUAAUAUUGUGAAGGGGUUGUAUGAGGGGGAUGGGGAGAAGCUUAACGAGGAGCUGGAUUGGUUAGACGAGUUUACACUGAACAAUACCAAGAAUUAUCAGAUAUGGUCUUAUAGGCAGGUGCUUUUGAAGUUACAUCCGGUUCCACAGUUUGCGCGGGAACAGCCUGUGAUGCAAGUUGUGCUUGCGGAUGAUACCAAAAACUAUCAUGUGUGGUCUUACAGACGGUGGGUAGUGUUAUUCUUCAAAGAAUUUUCCCAGGAAUUGGAGUUUUCUUCUUGCCUCAUUGAUCGGGAUGUAUACAAUAAUAGUGCGUGGUCCCACCGGAUGUUUGUACUAAAGAAUACUGAAACCAAGGUGCAGGUUGUCGAUCAGGAGAUCGAAUUUGCCAAGUCUAAAAUUAGUUUAGCGCCACAGAAUGUUAGUAGUUGGAACUAUCUGAGAGGGUUAUACGAACAGUUCAAAGGGGGUCAAUGCGAUGAGACUACUCUAGAAUUUGCUCUCUCAUUUGUGAAUGGCUUCUUCAACUGUGAUGAUGGGACGGAGUUCCCGGAGAUUCAAUCUUCUUAUGCUCUAGAAAUGCUCGCUCAUGAAUACGCUAAAAACAGCGAGACUCAUAACAAGGCCAAGCUUGCAUUUGAAGGAUUAUCUAAGGCCUAUGACCCAAUUAGAAGUAACUACUGGCUUUGCCAAACAAAUAAGCUUAUGUAA